AUGGCUGACAGAAACAGAACAGCAUACAAAAUUCGGUUUGCCAUUUCUCUUUUGAUUCUUAUCAUUUUUAUCAUCGUAAAAAGAUUCGUCAGAUUAGAUAUAUACCAGCUUUGUACGAAUUGUCGAGCCAAAGACGAAGGAACAUACAGCCAUUCAAAGAACGAUUUUGAGCAUAAAAGCUAUACCACAAGCGACUACAACAAGUAUAAAAGGGAAAAUAUGGACUACAGAAGUGGCCUAAUACCGCGUGCACACUCAAACUACGAUCAGAACAGAAGAAACAUUGAAGAUGCUGAGCCACAUAAACCUAUAAAGCCCCAGCGCGAAAGCAUGCCAAAUGAGUUUCCUUUCACAAAGAAACAGCCACGCCAAAAUUCAGAGCCCCAGAUGCCAAUACCAUCUGCUCCUCCGCUAUACAACGAAAGCUCUAGUGUCCGCGCAGAGGUAGAGGCACAAGAAAAUCAAGAACUUCCUUCAUAUGAGCAGGCAGUGAAUGAUCCGAAAUACCCAGCCAUAGAGACCGGCACAGAUAAUAGAAAACCGCUAGAACAAAUGCAAAGCCAGACAGACAGCAAACACGAUGAGAAUUCUGAUCAAAGUGCGAUAUAUAGAACUUUAUAUCCGCGGUUCUCCCACGAAUAA